UAUUAAACCACGAGCAGGAAUAAAAAUCAUUUAAACGUCGAGCCGCAGGCGAGACGUUUAAAUGAUUUUUUUUCCUGCGAGUGGUUUAAUUGUUUUAUCCCGUGGCGGUUGCGCGUUCUUCAAUAAAUAUACAAGCUCACAAAGCCAUCUGCAAAAUAUUUAUCAGCUUCCAUGAUUACUUCCUUGGAUUACUUUCUCUCUAACUACUUUCUGGGUCGAUAUGAACCAUGAAAGGGAGUUACCUAAUUUUGACAUGUUUCAAGGGUUCCUGGACUAUGAUGAUGAACCAGAUGAAAAUGUGGAAGAAAGAAUUGACAAGUUUAUUCAAAAUCAGGUGCCGGCGGCAACGACUAAGAAAACCAAGUCAGAUAUCCGGAAGUUAGACGCUUUUCUACAAAGAAAGAAUGAGACUAGACCGAUAGAGACUAUUCCGGCAAGGGAGCUGAACAUAAUUCUAUGCGAAUUUAUCAUGGAACUUAACAAGGACAAUGGCGAUCCAUUUGAAAUUUCUACUUACAACGGCGUUCGGUAUUCGCUGGAGAGACAUCUGAAGGCCGUGAAGCACCCGCAACCAGAUCUGAGUGGGAAAGAAUAUGAUAAGUUUCGGGCUUGUCUGUCGGCAAAGGUGACAAUUGCGAAGGGAGCAGGAAAGGGAAAUCGGCCGAAUCGUGCAAUGCCCCUCAGCGAAGAUGAUGAGAAGAAACCUUGGACUAGUGGAGCAAUGGGGAAACACUCGCCUAAGUGUCUCUUGCGGGCACUCUGGUGGAAGUUUACCACUGGCUUCGGUCUUCGUGGUGUUCAAGAACACCGUGACAUGCAAUGGGGCGAUGUGAAGCUCGGUGAAUCGUCUGAAGGGACCUUCAUCGAGUUUCAGGAGCGAGCUACUAAGACGAGAAAAGGUGCAUGCCCGGGACGCCCAUUCACCCCCAAGAUAUACUGUACUUGUGAGGGUCAGUGUUCCGAAAGCUGUGCGGUGGCUCUUUUCAAGCUAUAUGAAGAAAAGAGACACAACAAAGAACACCCAGCGUUCUACCUAGCCAUCAACUACCAGAGCAAAGAAGACUGGUAUAAAAACCAGCCGCUCGGCAACGGCAGCCUCAGCAAGAUGAUGAAAGAGACAGCGAUUGACGCGGGCUUAGAAGGAAACAGGUUUACCAACCACAGCGGCCGCAAGACCGGCGUUAAACGACUCCUUGACGCUCAAGUGGCGCCGCAUUUCAUUGCGCAGCUUACGGGACAUAAGAGUGUUAGUUCUCUAUCGAGCUACGCCGAAGCCGAUGAAAAAAUGCAGAAGAGAAUGUCGGCUGUGGUCGCAGGAGAGAGCCAUCCUGCUGGGCCAGUCAAGAGGACAGAAGUUGUGUCUCGCGCGGAUGGGGGGCAAGAUGUUCACGCGCAGAGCAUGUCGACUGGUGCGAGCGGAUUCAGUGGGAACUUCAAUGGCUGUACAUUCUAUGUGUACAGUCGUAACUGAUAAGUUACGAGGGCGCUAGACAACAAGGAGUGGAGUGAUUUGAAUAGUGAUUUUGAAAACUGUCACCAUUAAAACGUUAUGCUUGUUCAGCCUGCAACUCGAAUGUUUUGAAUGUGAUGCGAUGUGAUUGAAAUACAUAUCGUCAUAUGAUGGAUCACC